AUGUUUUAUAUAUUUACAUUAAUUGCCUACUCUUAUUCAUACAUUAUCUAUGUGAAUGAGACUUAUUAAUUACCAUUAACACAAUUGUUUGGAUAUCUAGAAAAUCCUACAUAUACAAUUGUAGAUACUAAUCCAUAUGCUACAAUUAUACCUUAAUAUCAUCUAUAUACAGAUACACAGAAACAUAACUAAAGUAAUAUAAACUGAUUAUCAUUAUUAGAUGCAGAUGUCAUCAUUAGUGUUAAAGCAUAACAUUAAUUUGGACAUUGGACUAAUCACUUCCUUUUCUUAGAAAACAAUAAAGGAACAUUUAAUGUACAUUACUCAGAAAAGUAUUUAUAUCUCUAAUUAUCUUUAGUCCUCAAGAAGAAAAUGUUGCUACACCUAAAUUUAAUGAACAUUUAUAAGUUACCAAUAAAAAUAAUAUGAUUUGUUUCGAUGCAGAAUAAUUUGAUUCUACUCAUUAUAUUGUGGAUUGUGCUCUUUAAAUUACAGAUUAACCAUUAUAAAAUGAACUCUAUGUAGUAGCCAAAGAUUAAAGUUUUCAAUAAUAUUAAGUAACCAAUCCCCUUGGAUAUAAAACAAUGAGGAAAAGAAAAAUUACUUUAUUAUUUCAAGAUGAAUAAUAUUACUUAUUUUAAGGAUCUUUGUUAUAAUCUGAUUCUAUCAUUUAAAUAUAUAAAAUUAUAACUCCAGCCAUUACUUUUGAAGAAUAAUCAGUUGAAAUAAGUACUAACAGUUUAAAGACUCUUUACAAAGAUUAAUUAGAAGAUAAUUAUAAAUUUUACUUAAUUGAUUAUAAAUUGGUUUAUAAUCAAAUUUUCAUUUUAGAUAAUCUAUUUGUGGCAGCUAUGAGUUUUGAUAAAUAUGGAGAUUGGUCUUCUACCUUUUUUAUUAAAUUGUAUGGUAAUAUCAUAGCCUUUGAUUAUAUUUAUUUUGUAGAUGACAAUGGAAAUAAACUUAGUAUACUUGUAAUCCUUAAAGAUACCACAUUUGAUUUAUAUUUAAAUUCUUAAGGUUUAACUACAUAUUAAUUGCCUUAAAAAAUAUCAUAAAACUCUUAAGUAAAAAUAUCUGAUCAUUAUAUAAUAAUUGAAGAUGAAAAUACUGUUUAUUAGUAUUCAAUUUAUAAUAAGAUAUUAAUUAAUUAAAAAACUUUGUAAUAAGUUAAUUUUUAUUUGAUUAAUCCAAUCUAUCCAGAUUUGAUAUCUAUUAGUUAUAAUGUAACAAGAAGAUAUUAUAUAAAUGAUGGAUAUCUAUAAAUUAAAUCAGGUAAUACAGCUGUUGAUAAAACAUCUUUUAAUAUUUAAGCUGUCUCAAAAGGUGAAACUAAUACUAAAGAGAUUUCUCUUUAAAUUUUGAAUUAAAAUGAUUUUAAUUUGUAUUUUAAUGAUAAACCUCAAUAAGUUAUCACAGAUGUAUUGGCAUCAGUAAAUUAUACUUAAGAUGUUAUAUAAUUUAUGAGUGGACCAAAUGUUUAAUUUUAAUUUGAAAAUUAAGGUGAUGAUUUAGAUAUGGAAUUUGAAACUUUAGAAGAGAUGAUUAUUACAAAUUGGCCUAAAGCAUCAGAUAUUCAUUUUUAAGAUAUGUUAUAAUUUAAUGAUACUCAAGUUUAUGUUCUAUUUUAAUUAAAGAAUAAGGAAGUUUAAAUUUAUAAUUGUAAAUAAAAUUCUUUCUCUUUAAUUGAAUAAUGUACUUAAUUUGUAAAUACAAGUAAUUUUAGUAGCAGUUUCAAUAUUCUAGUUGAUUAAUUACAUUUUUAAUGGUGGAUUGAAAAUGAAUAAGCCUAUGUUAUAUUUUGUGAUUAAGAAUCAACUGCAGAAUUAUGGAAAAUAAAUGAAUAAGAAUUAAUUAAGAUAAAAAAGAUUAGUUAUAUAGGUUAAACAAUAACACAACUUUUAGAAUUGGAUAGAAUAAUAUACAUAUUAAUAGAAAAGAGUAAAAAGAUAGGAAUAUAUAAAUCAAUUGAUGGUACUCAUUUAGAUUAAAUUGAUGAACCAACAGUAAAGUCUCUUGGAAUGAUAAAGAGUUGGAGUCCUAAAAGAAUAUUUGGAAAUUAAAAAUAUAAUGGUCAUUUAUUAUUUAUAAGUAAUUCAGAUAAUAUAUUAAUUACUAUUUAUAAUAAUCAACUUAAUAUGGUAGAAUGUAUAUUAAAUACAGAUGAUGUAUAAUUAACAAUGUAUAAAUAAUCCUUUUUUAUGAUAAAGUAAAAUUCAAUUUUAGAAUAUUCAUUAGAAGAUUUAAAUAAUGUUUAUUUAAUUCGAUAAUUAUAAGUUUAUAAUCAUGAAUUUAAGACUCCAUUAAUAAUUACACAAUCAGAAGAUAAUGGAUUCUUAUUUAUUUUAACUAAAUAAUAAUAAAUAUUAGUAUAUCAACCAUUUACAUAAAAUAGCAAUGAUCAGUUAUUUAGAAUAAUUGAUGUACAUUUGGAUGACAAAUUUAUGAUGUCUGCUUCUGGAUAUCAAAAAACUCAUUUGUAUUUCAAUAAUGGAACUCAUCAUUCUUAUUUUGCUAUUCUCAAAUAAUCUAAGUUAUACAUAAAAUCAAUUAAUUUAAAUACCUUAGAUUAUUAUGUAAAUGUAACGAAGACAUUAACCAUUUUAAAUUCUCAACAUUCAUAAAAGAUUUUAGAAACAAUCUUUAUAUUAAAUACAAAAUAUCCUAUAGCAUUAAAUUAAUAAAAAGAUAUUUCAAUUAAUUCAUCAUUAUAAAAUACAACCGUUAAGUUUGAUUAAUUAUAUAAAGGAUAAGUACAGAAUAUCAGUAUUGAUUGUGAAUAAUGCAAAGAUCUCAUUUAAUUAAACUUACCUAUUUAGAAAAUAAAUGAAAAUAUGGCUACAAAUAUUUUAGAUAUUGAAUCUUUUAAUUCCUUUUACAAUAUUGCUCUUACAAAAGAUAAAUUAUUAUCUAUAAGUUAUAAAGAUAAUUUAAGCAAUUUAAUAGAAUUUUAAUCACCAAAUAACUGUGAAUUAAUUGCCAUAUAAGAAGAUGCUAAAUAUAUUGUAACACUUUGUAAAUAUAAUAAUGUUUAUCAUGCUUAUUUAACUGUAUGCGAUAAGGAAUAGAAAUGUACUAAUAUUGAUACUCCAUAAGACAUAUUAGAUUUAAAUGGAGUUUAAAAAAUGGUAGUAAUACCCAAUAAUUUAUUAUUAAUGUAAGAUUUUGGCAAAAUUUAUGUUUAUUAUCUCAAUAUAAAUCCUGAAUUAACAAAAUGGAGUAUUUCAUUAACCUAAAUUAUAUACAAUGAUAAGGGACUUACAGAUUUUGUGAUUCAAAAAUAUGGUAUACCAAAAGAAGGAGAAAAUUAAAAUUAUAUUUUAAGCUUUAUCGAUUAAGCUGAUCAUUUAAAUGUUUAUUAUACAGAAUUUAAAUAGAAUAAGCUUAAUAUCAUAUAAUAGAACAAUAUUUAUUUGUAUGAUUUAAUUAAGAAGAACAAUUAAUAUGCAUUUAAGACAACUGAUUAUAUAUAACUUUUUGCAACUUAAGAAAUACAAAAUAAUUAAUUACAUUAUAUAAUCAUUUCUAAUGAUGUUGCAUCUUUUAAAUUGUAAUUAGAUUUGGAUAAUAAUAAGUUAGUAGUAAAUAGUAAAUUGAUUAAUAUAUUCAAUCCCUAUUAAAAUUGGAUUGCCAUGAAUAAAGGUUAUUUUAAUUAUGAUAACUUAUUAAUUAUUCCUUAUACUAAUAAAUAAGAUAUAGUUUUAGCCAUUUAUGAAUUAAAUGAUAAAGAUUUCUCUAGUAAUAUGGUUUAUGGAUUAUAAGAUAGUGCAUUUUAAGUAAAGGAUGGACUAUUUAUAGUUUAUGCCUUUAAUGAAGGUCAAAAUAAAAGAUUAUAUACCAAUUUGAUAGGAAAAGUGUUGAAUAGUUAUUAAAUAAGUUUAGAAACAAGUCUUACUAUUUUGAAUCCUUCUAAAUUAAAAGAUAAAUAAUAAGCUAGAAUAAUGGCAAGUAAUGCUUACAACAAAGAAGAAGUGAAAUUUAAUAUCAUUAGAGUUGAUGAUCCUAUUCCUCCUCCUAAGCCUCCUAAUGAUGAUGAGAGUAGUAGUUCCAAGUAUUUAAUUUAUUUUUUAAUUAUAGUUGGUGGUGGAUAUUACUGAUUGUGAUUUUUGGAGGAGGAUUGAUUGUAGGUGGAGUUAUAUUUUACAUGAAGAGAAAAUAAGUUGGCCUAUUUAGAGUCUAAGAGAAUCAAUAUAGUUUGCAUAAUUAUUGA